CCUCCGCUCACACACGGCGUCUUUCAGGAAGAAACCCUGGAGUGAAAAACAGUGUCAGGCGGUGAAUGAACGACUCCUGUCAGCUUUAAAGGAGCUUUUUUUCGUGGAUUUUCUCUGUCAGACGCUGCUGUUAUUACGGAGACACAGUCAACAUGUUGAUUAAAGAAUUCCGGAUUGUCCUGCCCAUUUCAGUGGAGGAGUACCAAGUGGGCCAGCUUUACGCAGUAGCAGAAGCCAGUAAGAAUGAGACGGGUGGAGGAGAAGGUGUAGAGGUGCUGAAGAACGAGCCCUAUGAGAACAACGGAGAGAAGGGACAGUACACUCAUAAAAUCUACCACCUGCACAGUAAGGUGCCAGGUAUUGUUCGCAUGAUCGCGCCCAAAGGUUCUCUGGAACUUCAUGAGGAGGCCUGGAAUGCAUAUCCUUACUGUCGAACCAUCCUUACAAAUAAGUACAUGAAAGACAAGUUCAUGAUUAAGAUCGAGACGUGGCACAAACCUGAUAUGGGAGAUCAGAACAAUGUGCAUGGACUAGAAAAAAGUGCAUGGGAUGAAGUUGAAAUUGUCAACAUUGACAUUGCUGACAGAAGUGCCAUAAAUGCAAAGGACUACAACCCAGAGCAGGAUCCAGCCAUCUUCAAAUCAGCGAAGACCGGUAGAGGGCCUCUGGGACCAGACUGGAAGAAAGAGCUCGCCAACAAUCCCAACUGUCCACACAUGUGCGCCUAUAAGCUCGUCUCUGUUAAGUUCCAGCAGUGGGGACUCCAGAACAAUAUUGAAUCCUUCAUUCAAGGGGUGGAGAAACGUAUUUUUACCCAUUUCCACAGACAGCUGUUUUGCUGGUUGGACAAAUGGAUCGAUCUGUCAAUGGAUGACAUCCGACAAAUGGAGGAUGAGACAAAGAAGGAGCUGGAUGAGAUGAGGAAGAAUGAGGAAGUCCGAGGCAUGUCAACUGAAUAGUGAAGACUCUGUCACUCUGAAACUGGAGGAUUUGACUUCAUUGAGCAAGCUCCACCAAGGCUCCACUCCUCAGGCUGACGGACACUGCAGCCACUUGAUAGGCAUAAUCAAGAACACCACACUUGCGUUGUAAUAAAAUUUGCUCUUAAAAGAGCUCUUUAUUGUAAAGCAAUGGUGUGUAUUUAUGUACUACAGUUGAAUACAACUACAGCAGCUUUUAGGGUUUUUAAAGAGGCAAGUUUGCAAGUCGAGGAAUCAGUUUUGGAGAUGAAGCUUUCUUGCUUAUGCCUAUUUUGUCUUCUUAAAUUUUACAACAUUAGGAAAAAGGUUUGGGUUGUCACUGAAACACUUUUAAUUACUGUAAUCCUUUUUUAUUGUUAUUAACUGGUAGUGAUUUUGUUAUUCUUCUUCAAUUUUGUGUUUUCUAGUUCUCAGUGAUUUAUUGUUUACUUGCCAGAACAAAACACAUUUUCCGCCAGUCCUCAAUGCUCAUCCACAAAACUUUAGCAUCAGAAGGGUUUUAAGAUGUUUUUAUUGGAUUAACUGUAGUAUAACACACAUCAGAGGUUUUGAGAAAAUGCCAUUAAUUCUCUGAUCUCACAAACUGCAUCCAUAGCUACUGGAAAUUCCUUCAUCGCCCUUUGCUGAAAAUUUCUUCCAAAAAUAUGAUUAAUUGUGACAUGGAGGCCGGGACAAUGAAAAUACAGCUUAUGAUUUACUCAACUACAAGAUACGAGGACAUUUAAUACACUUUUCAGAGUUGUCUGGUAAUUGUGGUCUGACCACACUUUCAAUUGAUCAGGUGGUCAGUUUAAUUCAAUACAAAGAUGUCAGCUGCUUUAUAAAAAAUAAAUAUAUAUACCUUUGGGUUGAGGUUUUGAGUGUUGGUGAUGAUGUCUACCUGAGCAGAUUAAAAAAAUGAUUGACACAUGA